AUGGACUAAAUUCAAUACGAAAUCAUACCAAACGCUAACUUAUCAAAUAUUUAUUUUGAUAGUGUAGAAUUGAUGAAGAGUGGCGUUGAUCUUGUUUAAUAACCUACAAUAACAAAAGAUUGUGUUCAUGUUUAAUGUCAUGACCUAUUAAAUUUUUCAGAUGCAAUAUAAUAAAUAAACACACGUGGAUUUGCCUAAUGCAGCUGUGGAAAGAAAGCAUACACAAAAUAAGAUCUAAGAAAAGACAUCAGAGGAUUUGUACGAGAAAAAUUUCAUUCAUUCACUUAAAUUGUUUAAGUCAUUGAAGGAAUAUGGACACACAAAUAUUAAAGAAAGAAAAUCUAUACGGAUACAAUUUGUAAUACCUAACAAAAUAAUGAACACAAGCAUUUUAUCAGAGAACUUUAUAAUAAAUAUCAUAACAUGAAUUCAAUUUCAACUUUGAUUAAAAAUUUAGGAUUUUCAGGAUCUUACUAUGAUUUCUGGGCUUAUUGCUUAUUAGACAAGAUUAAAAUCACUAUUCCUACAAGAAUAAUAAAUUGUCAACAUCCUGCAUGUUACGAAUUAACUAGUCUUCUAUGGUAUUAGAAGAACUGUGAACAAAAUAGACAAGACGUGGAAAUGGUUAGGAAUAUUAACGAUUAAAGUAUUAUUUUUCAUUGCUAUUACCCUGGUUGUGAAAAUAAAAUAGACAUAUCUACUUUACCUCAUAUGUUAGAUAGGCUAUUUAUAGAUUAAGAGUUAUUAGAAAUUUUAAACUCUGCUCCAUCGAUUUAAUUUAAAUUUCAAUAUGACCUUAAAAAGAACGAAUUUAAAAAAGAUUUCUAAAAUAAGGAUCUAUACAUUUAAGAUAUAUCCAAAAAUUUUGAUGAUGCAACUUACAAAUCAAUAAUGAUAUAAAUACAAUCGAUUAUUUAAUUAAAUCUGAGUGAAUAAAUUUAAAACAAAUUAAAUCAAUAGAAGUAUUAAGUAAGAAAAAUUAAUUUGUGCGAUCCACUUAAUUUAAAAUAAGUAGAAUUUCCUGUAAGAUGCAUUAAAUGCCCCGAUUUUAACCGAUGUGCAGACAUUAGAUCUUAUGUAGCUUAUUUUUUCAAAGAAAAAAAAACUUAAAAUCGCUCUACUUCAAUAUAAUGUCCAAUUUGCAAGAAUAUUCUUCAGACUAGCACAGGAUAGUUGAAUAGCCUGAUUUACUUUGAUUAAAAUAUAAUUUCUAGAAUGUUUAAAGACUCUAGCAUUAAUGAUAAUAAAUUAUUUGAUUAUGAUGGAAAACAAUAUAUGUUGUAGGAAUUUUUAUCCAAAUAAAAGUUUAGUAAAAAGAGCUAUACCUAAAUUUUAAAAUAGAAAAAAGAUAGCAAUGGUGAAUUUAUAAAAGAAGUUAAAUUUAGCUCAUUGAAAUGUACUGUAAAUCCAAAUAGAAGACUUUAGUACCCAUUAAUAAUCAAGAACUGCAAAAAGAAUUCUUAUAUAGAUUUUGAAUCAUUUUAUGAAAAAUUGGUUGAGUGUUAAUUCCAAAUUCCUGCAGAUGGACUUCAGCUAUGUCGAUGUUAAGAGUAUUGUAGUAUAAAUCCUGUGAAAAAAUUUACAACCAGUGUUUUUUAUCAUGAAGCCCUUGGAGAAGCUUUAUAAUAAUUACGGAAGGAUAAUGUGUUUCCUGAAAAAUUUAAAUAUAACUUUGAGGAAGGGAAGUUCAUUCUUGUCUAUCAAAAAUAGUAGAAUUCUGAAACAGAUAGCGGAAUAGAUAGAACAAUUAUCAAUGAGGGAAGGUUUAAUGUAGGGUUUAUAGAUUUAUUAACAGAUUAAGAGUAUUAAGAAGCAUUUCAACCAAGGAUUGUAAUGGGAAUGUAGUAAUAACUUAUUUCAAUGAGCUAAAAUAUCGUUGGAAACUUGCAUGCAGUUCAUACUGCUGAAGGUCUUGAAAUUAAUGUGGAUGAAGAGGUCGAGAGGAUUAAUAAGGACGCAAACUAGGAUCUGAAGAAUUAUCAAUUUAAAGUAGUUUCAAUGAUGGUGGAUAUGAGAGAUGAAGAAAUUAGAAUAAAUAGAGGAUAGGUUAGAUCUUUAAAUUACUAACAACAAUGA